CGCCUGGGGAUCUGGUUUCUCCAAACCCUGCCUCUCGCCUAACGAACUCACGCGUCGCGCCCUCGCGCGCCGCGGCCGAUGCGCUCGACACCGGCAGCGUCGACGAGGGCGACGCCGCGAUCGAUGACCUCACCGCCACCUCGUUCGACCCGCGCGGUGACCCCGCGACGGUCCAGUUCGCGCCCCUGCCCGACGACACCUCGGCCGUCUGCUGGCGCGACCACAUGGAGUUUCUGUUCCGAACGCUCGAUCGUUCCUUGGGCCCGCUGACCCCGGUUCACCUGCCCCCGGAGCUCGCCAGCGCGUCCGUCCCGGGCAAGGUGCGAAGCGAGACGUGGGUCUACACCUCCCCGUUCGUCCGCCGCGCGAGGUUCACCUACGUCGACGGAGGCGAAAAGACGCAGAUCUUCAACUGCGUCGUGUACCCCCGCUGCGUGGACGACUCGACGGGCGAGGAAAGUCACCUCGGCGACGCCCCGCUGCUCGGCGUCGACCUCCUCAGCCUCAACGGCGGCAAGAAAAUCCUCGUGGGCGUCGACCUCCAACCCCUCUCGAGGUCCGAGGCGUACCUCGGCCGCUACGUCGACGCGCUCGCGUCGCUCAGGGACGCGAGGUUCGCGGAGCUCAACCUGGUGGAACCCAGCGACAGAUUCUACGAGGAUGCGCAGUUCUUCUCCCCGGCGAUGCUCUUCGCGAGGCCGGUGCCCGUGGACGUCGCCGUGGACUGCGCGGUGGCCGCCGCGAAGGCCACGGGCGCGCUGCAGGACCUCGGCACCAUCACCGCCGAGGACGUGUGCGGCGUGGAGUGGGCCGAGCCCAACAGCGGCUGCGGCGUACCGCUCGUCGAGGCCAAGACGCUCGACGCCGUGAAGGCGUACGCGGCCAAGUGGCUGGAGCUGAUGGACGCGCGUAACGACGACUGGGCGAAGGCGUGGGACCAGGGCGGGCGGGCGGGCGGCGGGGCGACGUCGGCGCUCGGCUCGAGGGCUGGCUCCUUCUCGCAGAUGCUCGCCAACAACAUCAAGAGUGCCGUUGGCGCGAAAUCCGAAGGGGGCGAAGACGAGCCCGCCGCCGAAGCCGCCGACGCCGCCGAGGGCGACCCGCCCGCGCCGCCCGCGGAGAAGACCGAGGAGCCGAAGAGAGCGGCGGAAGUACGGGCCGGGAAGUACGCGCGGGUGCUGACGGCCGCGGAGUCGGCCGCGGCGCAGGAUUUCCACGACAUGUGGCAGCGGUCGCACGAUCCGGCCAUCCCGAUGUUUGCGGGUUGGUUCGGGAAGGAGUGGGCGGAGAGGCUGGCGUCGGAGGUGCUGUUUCCGGAGGACAAGGCGAAGGAGGAGCUCAAGGCGUGGGAGGCGCAGCAGAGGGGUGGAUGAUUGAUGAUGUUUGUCACGCGCCGUCUUUAGCUCGAUGUCGAUCACCGUUUUAACGCCACAGCAAGACCGACGGUGUU